AGAUAAGGGGCAGUGCAGGUGCUGCCGUGUGAUUUCAGCUUUCCUAAUCAGUGCUGAAGAGGAUAAGGAGAGACAAGGAAAGUGUCCUUGGGAAGGCAGCACAUGGAGGAGGAAAAGCCACCAAGGAAGUAAACACAGGUGUCACCAGCCCCAAACAACGACCUGCCAUGGCUAUAAAAAUCACCAGGCUCAGACUUCGUGGCCACCUUUACCUUAAAGGUGCCAGAUCUGCUGGACCUCUGCAGAGACCAUCUCCAAUCUCCUGGGACUGCCAGAACUUUCAGCCGAGGAUUGAUAAAGGAAAAUGGAAGGCGAUUGUGACCAGCGGGAAGGGCGAACUUCGUGGCAUCACCAGCCCUGUUUGUGCUGCGGGGAAAAUGCUUUCAAAUUUGUGAUUGCAGGAGUUACUUUGCUUUCUGGUAUGUGCAUAGUGCUGAGCACCCAAAGUGUCCAACCAACCCAUCAGCACCUUGGACAAGAUGUCAUUCAUUCUCACUUAGAAAGGCACCUUGACACACAGGCCACAGCCCAGCACAGGGUUAGGAGGCACACAAAAAUAGGGACUGAUUGGCCCUGGUCCCAAGCUUACAUAAAACAUACGGGAAUUAUGGGAUUAAAUUCUAACAAAAACUUUAAUUUGUCAACAGUGGUUAUGCAUGGGGCAGAGGUGUACUUGGAAAAUGAGUGGGGCUGGGAUAGCACAAACAGACUUCCACAGCUGCUGGGGAAGGUGGGACAACAAAUAAAGGUGGGGUGCAGGGUAAUUAACGGAUCUACUCACCAGCAAGUAACUCAAAUCUCUGUCACUGAAGUAAAAACUAAGAAAGAUCAGAAAAAAAUCUGUGCUGUGGAGAAAUUGGACUGCUGGUACAAUUUUACUUUGGUCCAGCCAGUCUUUGUGGUUUGCCUCUGGGCACACAACAGCGUGGGGCUGUCCUUUAAAUUUAAGAUCAGCACCACAGCACCCUCCUUUGCUGCCAUUAAGAUCUCAAAGUGCCAUUUUUUGGCCUGGCAUGCAGCCCCUUAUGCUGAAAUUGGCAACCAGGUAAAACUGGAAAUUAAAUACUCCCAAGAAAGUGUAGCUGACCCCAUGCAAAUUAAUGGCACAGCUGUGACAGUCACAGCCCCUAAUGGCCGCAAGUGGAUCAUUCCAUUGACCUGCCUCUGUGAGACCAAAACACUUGACAGAUCUGAAUUAGACACGGAUGCUUCCUGGUAUAAUCAGGAUUAUGGACGCUGCCCACACCUGAUCAUAACCCUCCAGGUGUGGUGUCAAGGAAACCUGAGCGUAGAAAUGUCCCCUGAACUUGGAGGGAAGUGGUGGAUAGGAGGCCCCGAAGGAUUUAAAAAAGAAUUUGUCAUCACUGCUGUCAUGGCCCCUUUUGUUUCCAAAAUAGGUCCUUAUGUAGUGAAGAAAAAUCACAUCCAGGAGCUGUUGACAGGGCCUGUCCGGUCCCUAAAGAAGGUGGUGCUGUCUCUGUCCACUGUUAAUAUUUCCUCUGUCAGACCACACUGUGCCCCCUUCCUGCCCACUCUGCACGCUGGCUGGCUGGCGUGGCUCCACAGCCGCUCCCUCCAGGGCACCCGGGCCAGGAGAGACCUGCUGGCCACAGCUCUGGGAGGAGGAGGAGCCGGCCUGGGAGUCCUCAACAGCAUGAAUGCUGAGGUCUUGGCAAACAAGCUGGAGACUGUCACCUCGGGCGUGCAGGGCCUCCUCAAGCCCCUGAACUCAUCCCUGUCCAGCCUUGGGAUGGGGCAGUGGCUUGUGUCAGAGGUGCUGCCCACCUGGGAACAAAUAAGUGAGAAAGACCAUCAGGUGCUGUUGCGAGCCCUGGGCAUCGAACAAAGUAACGUCUCCCUUGCUCUUAGCUGCAUCCAGGCCCAGAUGUGGGUGCAGAGUGUUGUUGCAGGUAUCCUGAGAGACGGCGACAACGGCGUCCUGCCCACUGAGAUCCGAAAGAUCGUGUGGGACGCGGCCACAGACAAGGAGCGGCAGCUCCAGGCCUGGUGGAGGCUCGUCAACUUCACCCACGACCAGGCCCUCAACGCGGUCAUUGCCCACGUCCUCACUGUGGCCGAGGCUCGCAUUGAAAAGGUCUACCCCAUCGUGGCCCUGGGGGUGAACGCAAACGGGUCUGUGGUCUACCCCCUGGAGCACCGCAUGUGGGCCAGGGUGUCCGACGGGAGGUGGCAGACGGUAGAUUUGGAAGCCUGCAUUUUGGAGAGGGGGCUGGGAUUCAUUUGCGAAGACGAUGCCCUUAAGGCGAGCGAUGUGUGCUUUGACACCAAAGAAGGGGAGUGCCACUUUGAGAUCAACCCCCAGAGCAGCAACAAAACCAUGUUAGUGUACGUAGGGAAGGGCUGUGUGUGCUUCAGAACGAUGUGUAAAUACGUGCAGAUUAAUGAAGCUUAUAACCAGAGCGUGUUUAGCGACUCAAAUAUGUGUGCUUGCAAUGUAGCUACUAUUAGAGGCUGUGAUUUUGUGUAUAAACCACCCGUGUUUACUAGCCAGUUGUUAAUCAGAAACUAUACCUUGUAUCGUAGUAUAACCCCGACCCCCAUCGGUAUGGAUUUAGCACUCCUAAAAGAAAUGUUAGAGCAUGCAAAUUUGCAGCAGCUGCUAGAAAAUGCCAAGGCCGAAUCCAAAAAGAUCUUAAUAACAGUUCACCACGAUGGUAAAGUUAUAAAACAGGUAAUGGAAAGAAUUAAGAGGGCGGGAGAACACCACUGGUGGGAAGUGUUUUUCGGCUGGUCCCCCACGGCCACUGGCAUCUUCAACACGCUGCUGCACCCUGUUGUAGUCGUACUGCUGAUGCAAAUCUGUGUGUGCUUUGCCAUGGUAGCCACUUGUUACCGGAUGAGGCAGGUGAAGGUCUUCUUUGAUAACCAGGUGAAAGAAGCGGGGCAGGCCAAGAGCCUCCUGAAAUAG